CACAGGUGGACUCCAAUCAAGGAGAAGAAACCUCUUAGCAACGAUCAAGAAAAAUGGGAGGCACCUGAAUUUCAAGUGUUGUUGCAAAAGCUCUCAGGAGUGAUACUGAAGGCAGACUGCUGUGCAUCAGAAAUGAGGAAGAACAGUAUCGUUACAUGUUGUGUAACCUUUUGUUUGCUGUCUGCAUUUCCAGGAAACCAAGGUGCCACAUUACUGGAAAGUCUGUCCUGCGUUCAACCAUAUCCAUUAGAAUUACUUAACUGCACAUGGGUAGAAAAUAACUUUUUGGAAAACUUGGUGACCAUGACUCUGAAAGAAUUAGAUAAAAAUGAAAGUGCUUGUCAGGAG